AUGCCAGCCUCAGUCCCCGAUGAUCCGAUUGUUGAGCUUCAGGCGAAUCUUCCGGCUUCAGGAUUUAAUCUCCUACGAAGAUUUCAAGACUUUAGGACGGCAAAAAGUGUCCAAGAUCCCAGUGGCGAAGCUGAACCAUCACGAAGGUCACAACAGAGCAGCAAAGAAAUGCUUCACCGACAAGGAAAGAUACUCAGACAAGCUGAACUGGAAUUAGAGGCUGCUCGUUUCCGAUAUAGUGAGCUUGUUGUCACAGCCGACUUUUCACGAAGAGCAUUGCUCUGCAGCGAGGAAAAACUUCGCCGACAAGGUGAAAUGCUGGAUGAAGUCGAAAAGAAAUUAGAGGUCACUCUUCUGGAGAAUUGUGAGUUAGUGGCUAAAUUGGCCAAGCUUCAGGUAUGA